AUGAGCCAAAGCUUUUCUUAAAUAAAGACAGGACUUCUAACAAAUCAACCAAACUAAAAACAUUAUGAACCUUAAAAAGAAUGUAUUAUCGAAAUGGAAGAUAUGACAUAUCAAUAGAGUUAUGUUUUGCUACCUAAUGAAUGUAAUUUAUAAUUAUUUUAAAAGAAAUCAAUCACUAAUCUAAACAAUAAUAACUUAAUAAUAGUUCUGCAUUACCAUAAAAAUAGGGCAACAAUCAUUUAUCUUAAAAUCAAAUAUAGGUAUCUUUAGUUUAAAUUAAAAUUAGCAUAGAUAUUAAAAUUAGCAAUAGAUAUUUGUUCCAUAAAGCAUACUGAAUAAUUACUAAUAUAAUAAGUAGCAAUUUGCAAUAAAAUUAGUCUUAGUAAUUAAUUUUACAUAUAUAGAAUUCAUUACGCAGUUUGCUAAUUUUGUAGAACUUCAUAAAAUAUCACAAAUGACUAAAAGCCUUUUAUGUGCUAUCAAUGUAGAUAAAUAUAAUAACCAAUUUAUGAAUUUUUAAAAUGUUCUAAUUGCAAUGUGA